UUUCAGAAACUAUGGCUCAUGUUGCUUUCAAUUUGCUCCAUCUUCCGGCAAAAACUCUACGAAAUGUUUUUCAACUCAUGUCACAUUCGGAAUUGUUCAUCUUCUCUUUUGCAUCUAUAUGCGCUAAACGCCUUGUGAAAUCUAUGAAUUUUGAGAUGUUGGAGUUAGAUUUGGUCUAUAGUAGACCAUGUAAACUGAAAAUAAGUUUUGGUGAGCAUGAAGAAUUUAUCAUCGAAUUUGAUGAAUUUGGAACGCUGUCUAAACAGGAACCAUCGGAUGCGUUUGUAUUUCUUAUUGCGUAUAAGCUUGAUAUCCGCGAUUGCAUCAAUCACGUUCUCGAAGUUUAUAAAAUAUCAAAGUUACAUACAUUGAAAGUUAUUGGAGCCAUCAACAACCCUCAGAAUUUACUGAAAAUAAUCGGAAAGUUGGAUCUCAAAGUUCUAUGGAUAUUUUUCAAUUUUAGUGAAAACAGCACAACCAUUUCGGUCUAUCGCGAGAUCCUAAAUCACCUUGGUGCUCGCUGUGAUGUUGUGAGCAUUUAUAAUUUGUCAAUCGACAUUUCGAUCCAAUACCUACUUUCCCGUGACUGGAAUUACAUCAACCUUGCUCCUUAUCAACCUAUCUCUGCGGAUUACUUGUUAUCACUCAACUCUCGAAAGUUUUCUAGUGGGAAAGCUCUAAGUUCGAAAGAAGUCAACAUAUUCCUUAGGCACUGGAUAAGAGGAUCUCAUCCAAACCUGGAAUACAUCAAAUUAUCGGUGAAUGCAGUAGAUCGUGAAAUUAUCUUUAAGAACGUCCCAUACUACUUGGCAGAUUAGUAUCAAAAGAGGAAAUUUGUUGAACCUAAUGGAAAAAUCAAAGCGUACUGGAACAAAAGCCGUAGUCUUUGUUGACCGUUAUACAUUUAUUUUGUAUUAUUCACCAUGGCAUUUUUCAAAAAUUUGAAUAAAGAACAUCUCAUCUUCAAAGC